AAAAUUUAGUAUCAGUAUUAAAUUUUCCAUUAAACAAAUACUUCCUACUCUUCUGGUUAUUUAAACCCAAGGUGGCGGCUCAUUUGUCUUCACUCAAUUCAGUCAUCACAUCUUAGAAAAUGGGCAGGGCAACCAGUUCUUCUUCAUCUUCUAUCGAGAGCAGCAACCACUUUGCUUUCUCAACCACCGGUGCUUCUUCUUCCUCGCAGAGGGACCUUAGCACUGAUCUUCGGCUUGGUCUUAGCAUUUCAACCUUUCCAUAUGCAAGGGAGCAACCAUCGGAUUGGCCACCAAUCAAGCCGCAGCUAAGCCAGGCGCUUGCUGCAGAAGAAGAAAAUGAGUGCAAUAGUGCAACUUUCUUCGUUAAGGUGUACAUGGAUGGGAUUCCUAUUGGCAGAAAACUAGACCUGUUGGCUCAUGAGAGUUACUAUGAGCUGAUAAGGACUCUUGAAUACAUGUUCAACACAAACAUUAUCUGGGCUGAGGCUGAGGUGGAUGGAGAUCAUUAUGAGAAAUACCAUGUGCUAACAUAUGAAGACAAGGAAGGGGAUUGGAUGAUGGUUGGUGAUGUUCCUUGGGAGAUGUUCUUGUCAGCUGUGAGGAGAUUGAAGAUCACCAAGUGCUGAAUUUUCAUACAAAACCUUUCUGUUUUUUUCUUUUCUCUUGCUGUUUCUUGUGGUGUGAAAAUCGAUAGCUAGGCAGAAAAUAUAGGAUCGGAUAUGUUUAGGAUUUCGAAUGUACAUUAGCAUACUAAACUGAUAAAAGUAACAAGCAUCAGUUUUGUCUUUGGGCUGUAAAUGUUUUUUGGAUGGUUGUGAUGCUUUUUUGCUUAAGCGCUGCUAUCAUAAAUUCUAUUUAUGGUGAAAAGGACGCCCGUUGAAGAGUUUCAAUCUGUGUACUCUUAAUAGGGGGGAUUUAAUGCACUGUCCCUCUGAAUGAAUCGGGUUCAUCCAUUUGAACCAAAUUAAGAUGCAGUAGUAUUUAUAAAAUGAAACGUCUGAGGAAAUUGUAAUUCAGAUUUAGGAGUUAGCAGUUCAAGGCGAUGGUUUUGGAUUUAAUGUAAGAUAGGUAAAAUUAUACUGAUUUUUCCCUUUAGUUUCGUAGAAACACAAGAAGAAGAAAAAACAAAAAAAUGA